UCGUGCAGCAUUAUGAACUCGUUCGUGGUCAUUGUAAUACUCUUUUGUGGGCUUUAUUCAGAUGCCCUUGCUGUUCAUAAAACACGUGUCAAACAUGGUGAUCCUUAUGCUGAAUUAAUUUCUAAGAUUAAACAUUACCUUGACCGACGUCAAAGUUCUCCCAGUUCAACAUAUAACCCAGGUACUGAUGGAGGAAGCGGAUUCACCCCUUCGCCCUCCCCAAGUUUUGCUCCGUACACGGACUCCUCUGUUGGACCCACACCCAGUCCAAGUCCAUGGUCCCCAGACAACUCAUCCAACUGGGGUCCAGGAGGCAAUUCGUCUAAUUCUCCAUUCAACCUUGAUUCCAAUUUACAUUGCCCUAUUUUGACUCAGAUAUUAUGGAGACGUGUUCUCAAUUUUCCGAGAACAGAGGACAUGGUUGAUUUCAUAACUUUCUACCCGGAUAUGUUCCGCCCUCUGGUGGCACGUACAAUGAAACUCUUAAGCAUUGUCGAUGAACCGGAAGUUGCUGCUUUAUUUCUGGUGAGAAGAUUUACACAAGAGGUAGUCGAGAGACGACUCACUUGUGCCACGGCCAAAUAUCAGCAAGUCAUAUUUUAUGCCAUCACACAAGAGAUGAAAUCUACCUUCCGGAACGAUUCGCUGUCCUCAAAACUGAGCGCCAUUCUUCAUGGAUUCCCAAGGUCGAUGAAUUUGACCCACAAGAUUAUGUUUUCUCUCCACGGCUAUUUGUUCUAUAGCCUCAUAGAUUUGGCUCUCUCAGAAGAGUUUGGGGAACUUGACAACUUUGUGGAAAAAUUCUACCACUACACUGAGCACAGAUUCAGAGAAAUGAAAAAUACGGCAAUGUCGCCCGAUAUGUGGACUCGGAACUUUCAGCAGGAAAUGGGGAACCAGUUUAUGCAAAACGGACGUGCGUUACGGUGUACCAGCAUCGACGAAAUGAAGUGGAACCACAAAAGAAUUGCUAAUGAAACAAGAGAAGGCUUCUUUGACAUGGUUGAGACUGGAUAUAUCCACAGAGUCGCGUACAAGAUGUUGUCAGGGGUCGCUUCCGAGUUUUACAAGAACGAGUGGUCAACAAUCUAUAAGCACAUCUUUCCGUUCGAUCAGAUCAUCCAAAUACUGCUUGAUUACACCAAAAACGCCAUGAAAGUUAUUGAGAACUAUGAAUACAACUUGUUUAAUUAUCCACUUAACAGCGUGGAGACCAUCUUUGCCAAGUAUCUGGGGCCGGAACAACUACAGGCAUUCCAAAAAAUCAUCACUCGCUUAACUGCCCCGUCUCCCCCAUCCCCCAUUCCGCCGCUCCCCACUGGUUCACCAAUUCCAGAUUGGAACUACGUAAGGAAUGUAGUGCAAGAAAGUCGAGGCGUUCUGAAAAAUAUACUUACUAUGCUGAACUCGCCGACAGUAAAUCGGGACGAAAUUUCGAAACUGGUGACGAAAGUUAUUGCCAACCUUGAUCAGUUAAUUCAAGCUGGAACAAAGAAACCUGUAUAGUUGUACAAGGGUAAAUGAGUUAAAUGAAAAUAAAUUUAAAAAGCACUA